AUGCCUCCCGGCCGCCCUGCUCGUACACGUCUCGUCUCCAACGAGAACGACGAGAACAGCGGGACGACGCGUAUGACUCGAGCUAAGGCCGCCGCCCUCAACGUUGAUGAGCUUGCCAUGCCUUCCAAGGGCGCCCUGCAGACGAAGAAGUCGACGGUCAACAGCACGACCGCCGCCGGCCAGCGAAAACGCGCCGCAUUGGGCGAUGUCAGCAACGUUGGAAAGACCGAUGGCGUCCAAGGAAAGAAGGGUGGCAAGGCGGGACUGAUCUCCAAGGCUGCCCAGCCUACCGGUAUUACGAAGAACACAGCGCGUGCUGCCACUCGAACUGCUCUGAGCAACAAGGAAGCCAAGAAGAAUGAGACCACUCGAGCUGGAUCCGGAUCUGGUACCAUCAGCGCCGCACAGAAGCGAAAGGCCGCUAGCGCCAAAGAGCAGCCACCUGCUGACGAGAACGAGCCCGUCCGAAAGGAAGUCGUUGCAAAGCCCGUCUCCAAGCCCGUCCCUGCCGAAGCCGAGGUCAAGCCUGAACCAGGUAGCGAGGCCACCCAGUAUCCUCCCGGCGUCAAGGACCUUGACAGUGAGGAUCUCGAGGACCCCCUCAUGGUUGCCGAGUAUGCCAACGAGAUUUUCGAGUAUCUUCGCGACCUCGAGUGCAAGUCCAUUCCCAACCCUCAGUACAUGGCCCACCAGGAUGAUUUGGAGUGGAAGACGCGUGGCAUUCUUGUCGACUGGCUCAUUGAAGUUCACACCCGAUUCCAUCUUCUUCCCGAGACUCUUUUCUUGGCUGUCAACGUUAUCGAUCGCUUCCUCUCCGAGAAGGUUGUCCAGCUCGACCGACUGCAGCUCGUCGGCAUCACUGCCAUGUUCAUCGCCUCCAAGUACGAGGAGGUCCUGUCCCCUCACGUCGAGAACUUCAAGCGCAUCGCCGAUGAUGGCUUCACCGAGGCUGAGAUUCUGAGCGCUGAGCGAUUCGUUCUCACUACUCUCAACUACGACCUGAGCUACCCCAACCCCAUGAACUUCCUCCGCCGAGUCUCGAAGGCGGACAACUAUGACAUCCAGUCUCGCACCAUUGGUAAAUACCUGAUGGAGAUCAGCCUCCUCGACCACCGAUUCAUGGCCUACCGCCCCAGCCACAUCGCCGCUGGCGCCAUGUAUCUGUCACGACUUAUGCUUGACCGUGGUGAAUGGGACGAGACUCUUUCAUACUAUGCCGGUUACACCGAGGAAGAGGUUGAGCCUGUCGUCCACCUCAUGGUUGACUACUUGGCCCGCCCUGUCGUGCACGAAGCCUUCUUCAAGAAGUAUGCUAGCAAGAAGUUCUUGAAGGCUUCCUUCCUCGCUCGCCAAUGGGCCAAGUCGAAUGCCGCUCUCUUCGGCAUCACCGACAUCAAGCUGACCCUUGACCAAAUAUCAUGA